CUCAUCCAACAGGCAGCUCGCAUCGUUCAAGAUGAAGAGCAUCCUUCUUCUAUCAUUUCUGGCACUGGCCAUAACCAGUGGCAUCGCAAAUCCUGCUCCCCAAACCACGUCCAACGAUGGAACGGUUGUGGAAACCAUCGAGUACACCGAAUACAUCGAGUACAGUGAUCCCGUCAUAACGACGUACGAAGAGUCCAGCUCUAGUCAGUCAUCGGGAAAUGCGGGAGGUGCCGGUGGCCAAACCGUCGUAACGACCACUUCUACCAAGACGACCGGAGGGCAAACCGCUUCUUCCUCGCAGACCUCGGGUGGGUCCACGUCCAGCGGUAGUCAAACCGUGACAUCGACGAAGACAACCGGAGGACAGAGUUCGUCCGGUACAGCUCAGACGACCAAGUCAUCUGGAAGCCAGACCGUCGUAACAACUUCGACUAAGACCUCGGGAGGACAAGCUUCUGGAAGCAAGACCACAUCCUCCACCUCAUCGGGAGCUGCGAAAAGCGGUGGACGUACCGUUGUUAAGAGGACUUCAACGAAAACCGUCGGAGGACAGAUGACUACCACGGGAGCUCAGUCUUCUUCGAAAUCAACCUCUGGAGGACAGUCAGCAUCUUCUGCCGGAUCAUCCGGAAGUAAAACUGUUACAACUUCCACCUCGACAACGAGCACGGGAGGUCAGUCCUCCUCCAGUGGCAGCCAGGCCUCAUCGGGUGCAGCUAAAUCAACCGGAUCUCAAACCGUAAUUACUACUGCAACGAAGACAACUGGAGGACAAGCAGAAUCCUCUGGAACUAAGACAUCGGGGAGCAAAUCGUCCACUUCCACUUCCUCGAAGACAACAGAAGAAAAGAAAAAUUCUGGAUCAGCGUCUUCCACCGCUGGAUCUGCCGGAAGCCGAACUUUUACAACGCAGACAAAGACAACAGAAACACAAUCGUCCUCGAAAACUUCCGAAGGAGAGAAAUCCAACAAUGGGCGCACCGUUGUCAAGACUACCUCAACACAAACCACUGGAGCUCAAAAGAAGUCUACUGGAAGCCAGGAUGUUGUCAAGACAACUUCGACCACCACAACUGGAGGACAAAGCACUUCCUCUGGAGCUCAAACUAAGUCAACUGGAAGCCAAAAGGUAAUCAAGAACACCUCGACUAAAACCACUGGAGGUAGAACCACGUCCACUGGAAGCCAAACGGCAUCACAGAAAUCUGGAGGAUUCAAAACUACUGGAGGAAAAACCGUUGUCAAGACUAUCUCAACGAAGACAACUGGAGGACAAAGCUCAGGAUCUCAAUCGAAGUCAACUGGAAGCCAAAAGGUUGUCAAGACUACCUCGACAAAGACAACCGGAACUGGAGCUCAAACAAAGUCUACCGGAAGUCGGAAUGUCGUUAAAACAACUUCGACGAAGACAACUGCUGGAAAAGCGGGCAGCCAAACUGCACAAACUUCUGUUGGAGUAAUGUCUGCCGAUGGAAAAUGCAUCUGCACUGGAUCCCAGUCUACCGAUCAAACUGUAACCCUGACGACUUUGACUAAGACAUCUGGAGGACAGACCAAAUCUGCAUCUGGAAGCAAAACUGUUGCCAAAACAACCUCAACGAAAUCAACUGGAGGGCAGACUACUGGAACCAAAACUUCUUCAGGAUCAAAGACGUCCGGAAGUCAAACCGUUGUUAAGACAACGUCAUCGAAGACAACUGGAGGACAGACUAUUGCCACGAAGACAUCCUCAGGAUCCAAGACGUCUGGAAGUCAAUCCAUUGUAAAGACGACUUCAACAAAGUCAACUGGAGGACAGACGGCUGGAACCAAGACUUCUUCAGGAUCAAAGACGUCCGGAAGUCAAACUGUUGCUAAGUCAACCUCAACAAAGACAACUGGAGGGCAGACCACUGGAACUAAAACUUCUGGAUCAAAGUCGACUGGAAGCCAAACCGUUGUUAAGACAACGUCAUCGAAGACAACUGGAGGACAGACGGCUGGAACUAAGACAUCCUCUGGAUCAAAGGCGACCGGAAGCCAAACUGUUGUCAAGACAACUUCAACAAAGUCAACUGGAGGACAGGCUACUGCAACUAAGGCAUCCUCAGGAUCUAAGACAUCCGGUAGUCAAACCGUUGUUAAGACAACCUCAACAAAGACAACUGAAGGACAGACUACCGGAACUAAAACUUCCUUAGGAUCGAAUACAUCUGGAAGUCAAACCGUUGUUAAGACAACCUCAUCGAAGGCAACUGGAGGACAGGCUACUGCCACUAAGACAUCCUCAGGAUCAAAAACGUCUGGAAGCAAAACCGCGGUCAAGACAACUUUGCCAAAGUCCACUGGAGCUAAGACAUCCGUAUCCACUCAGACAACUGGAGGACAAUCAUCGGUAGGAACACAAACUUCCAAAGUUUCAUCCAACCAGAAAAGGCAAGUUGUCGUCAGGAAGGUGGCCAAGAAGAAGUGUAAGAAGCAUGGGUCCCAUGAAGGUCACGGACACGUUUCAAGGAGCAGUCACAAAUUUUCAGCGAAAUCUCAGGGAAGACAGCACUCGGGAGAAAAACACGGCAGAAGACACGCCAAGGGCAGAAAACAGCACGGAAAGAAGCAGUUCGGAAGCAACGAAGAGAGCGAGCAAUUCGAGACCAGCAACGUGCAGCAGCGACGGACUUCCGGAGGAAUGAGAGCUACCAACGUGCGUUCGCAGGGACGGCGCGAGGAGCAUCACGGAGGAAAACACGCCAAAUCUUCGCAAUCGUUCACGUCGGGAGCCAGGAAACUCGUAAAGGGAGGAAAACGUGAAGGUGGAAGUCAUGAGUCUGCUGCGGAGAGCUUUGCCCUCAAGCAGUCCUCUCAGGGAAGCCGCGUGGUCAAGAAAUCUUCCGCUGGAAUGAGAAAGUCCGAACAGCACCAAGGAGGAAGCCAUGAGUCCCGUUCCAUGAAGCAGUCUGCUGGAGGAAUGAAGAUCGUUCGCGCUUCGGGAGGUUCAGCUUCCCAGAGUAGCCAAGCGUUCGCACAAAAAUCUGGAGGCAAGCGAUCCUCCGGAAGCCAAACCGUGGUAGUGAGCCAGUCGUCCGGAGGAAGUGCUGCGUCGAUGGGAGGAAUGCGGUCAUCUGGAGCGCAAACCGUCACCAAGACAUCGUCUUCGUCUUCCACAAUGACCGGAGGAAAGAGCGCAUCGUCGGGAGCGCAGUCCUCUAGCCAAUCCAAUGGAGGAGACACUUAUGAAACUUAUGAAACCUUCGAAGAGACGGUUUACACAUCAGAAUCGUUCAAGAUGAAGGGACUCACUAUACUAGCGGUGGCAAUCUUCUUUGCCGGCUGCGCCGUAGCUCAAAACAUCACCACAAAAACACUCGCCAACGGAACGGUGAUCGAGUACAUCGAGUACGUCGAAUACACGGAGUACACCUACGAUGAUCCGACAAGUACGUCCUCCGGUAGUAGCUCCUCCUCAUCUUCAUCCGGUAGCCAAACUACCUCUUCUGGCAGCCAGACCUCGUCGGGAUCUUCCACGUCAACCGGAGGCCAGACCGUGACGACCACCACCACAACCGGAGGGCAGAGCACCUCUUCGGGAUCGCAAACGUCCACUUCAGGCGGGUCCAGCACUUCCACCUCGUCCGGAUCGCAGACCACCUCAACGGGAUCGUCCGGAUCCGGCAGGGUUGUUAAGAAGUCGAUGAAGAAAUCUGGCGGAAAAUCUUCGUCGGAGUCUCACGGUACGUCUGGAUCAGCGAAAAUGGGUGCGCGGAAAGUUACGAAGAGUGGUUCGAUGAAGGCUGGAGGAGGACGGUCUGCGGAAUCCAAGGAAGGCAAACGUUCUUCUGGAGGCAUGCGAUCGGCAAGUCAGUCAACUUUGAAGCAAGUUUCGAUGAAGAUGGGAGGAGGUGGACGAUCGCAUGAAGCCCGUGGAGCCAGAGGUGUGCAAUCGGCUGGCCAAGCUUCUCUGAAGCAAGUUUCCAUGAAGGCAGGAGGUGGACGAUCUCGUGAGGCCCGUGGUGGAUCAGCUGGAGGUGUGCAAUCCGCAAGUCAAUCGUUUACGAAGUCAUCUUCAAUGAAGGUAUCUGGAGGAAGAUCUUCGGAGUCCCGUGGACCUCGUCCAGCUGGAGGUGCGCAAUCCGCUAGCCAAACGAUUGUGAAAUCAUCUUCGGUGAAGGUAUCUGGAGGAAGAUCUUCGGAGUCUCGUGGUUCAUCUCGUCAAACCGGAGCAGUUCAGUCAACGGCUUCUCUGAAGCAAGUUUCGCUUUCUCGUCCUGCUGGAGGAAUCCAGUCCGCUGGUCAAGCUACUCAAGUUUCGACUAAGACCUCUGGAGGUCGCUCUUCGGAAUCCCGUGGAGCUUCGCGUUCAACUGGAUCAUCGCAGUCGACACAAUCGGUAACCAGGACAUCUUCGGGAUCUGCCGGAGGACUGAGAUCGGCUGGAAGCCAAACCGUUGUCAAGUCAGCUGGAGCCAAGACCGUUACGUCCGGUGGACAGGUUGCUUCUUCGCGAACAACCGGAGGAUCAUCCUCCUCUUCGUCGAGAACUCAAUCUUCUGGAUCAAAGGGAGGUGAGACUUACGAGACGUACGAAACCUACGAGACGGUUUACACCGAUGCUUAAAUCUUAGAUU